AUGACGGUGUUCUGGCUGGGCACUGAUCUUUUUGAAGCACGGCAAGGACACAGUUUUGCAGAGACAACCACUCAGGCCCAAGACAUCCCCUCUCGGGCACACCUGACAGCAAGGAGCAGGCACCAGCGGCACCAGCAGCACCAGCGGCACCAGCGGCACCAGCAGCACCAGCAGCACGCAGGGCCCAGCUGCUCCGUACUUGUUAUACUUUUCACGGAUGAGUUGGGUCAUAUUUCCCACUGGAGAGCCAUCAUGGCAGGAAGUCUGGCUGGCAUGGUUGCAACUGUUGUGACUUACCCCACGGAUGUAAUUAAAACACGGCUCAUUGUGCAGAACCGACUGGAACCAUCUUACAAAGGAAUUCUUCAUGCUUUUUACAAAAUUUAUCAUCAAGAAGGACUCCUUGCACUCUAUCGUGGCGUUUCACCAGCCAUAUUAGGUGCUGUCCCAUUUUCUGCAGGGUCAUUCUUUGUUUACAUCAAUCUGGACAAAAUCUGGCAAAAACCCAUAGUUCAUUUUACUCCUCUUCAGAACUUCAUAAAUGGCUGUGUGGCUGCUGCUGUGGCACAGACACUUUCUUUCCCCUUUGAGACUGUCAAGAGGAAGAUGCAGGCCCAGAGUCCUUGGCUUCCCCACUAUGGAGCAGUUGAUGUCCAUUUCACUGGCAUGGUUGACUGUUUCCGGCAAACUGUGAAGAACAAGGGUGUGCUUGGACUUUGGAGUGGGCUCACACCCAGUCUGCUCAAGAUUGUCCCAUACUUUGGUGUGAUGUUUAGCACCUUUGAAUUCUGCAAGCGGGUCUGUCUGUACAGAAAUGGUUAUAUUGAAUCUCCUUUAAAUUACAAGCUAACUCCUGGUGUGGACCAGAGUUUACAGCCACAAGAACUCAGAGAAUUAAAGCUUCUCCCAAGGGCAAAUUUUGAGCCAAGGAAAUCAGCUCUUGAAAACUGACAUUGGACUGUCUGCUGCAGAUACACACACUGCCUUUCUUUAGGAGCUUCAUAAGAAGGACAUGCUGAGCUACAGGUACCAUCAUCUCAGCAGAUUGUGUGGUUGUGGUACUGAAACACCAGUGCCAGGAAUGAGUAAGUCUUGUAUCUCAUUUACUGAAUGGAUAUAAA